AUGAGAACCUCAACAAUUUUAUUUGGAUGUGUGCUGCUGGCCCUUUGUGUGGUGAAGCAAUCCGUUGGUGAGCCUUGCACAGCUCCUGACACACCAACAGGUUGUACGGACUGCACAGAUACUGCCAACGUGGCUCAUGCCGACUGCACCACCACCACUACAACAACUACAACGGCUGCUCCAGGAGCAGUAACAACCUCUGCGGCAGGAGACACCACAACCGCGGCAGCAAGCGCAUCCACAACAUCAGCAGCAUCGGCGGCUUUGGCCCGCCUACGGAGAAGAAUUCUGCUUCAGCGUCGCAGAGCCGCCAGGCAGCGCCGUAUGCAGAGACGUCGUAGACAGCAGCAGAACAGAAGACGUAGACAGCAGCAGAACGGAAGACGCCGCCGUCGUAUGGGUUAGGCCAUUCAACUGCCACCAUAGAA